AACUACUACAUGUCCGAGUUCCGACCAGGCACUCAUCUAGUUAACCUGGACACGUCGCACGUUAACAAAACUCUUCCUUGUCUUUGUCUCUCUAUCUGUCCACACGCUUCUCGUUCUCUCCGAUCGUGUCCAAUUUCCAGAGCUUUCCCCCUUUUUUUCUCUCAACUCUGAUUUCAAUACCCGAAACUUAAAACUACGAUAUUUUCCUCAGCUGUCGUUUAUUCCCUUUCCGAUUCUCCAACGACAUCCCUUCAACUUCGUGUUUAAACUCCUACUUGCUGCGCUGUUAAUAUAUUCUUUAUUCUUUUUUUUCCUCCCGUUUCUAGCUUGAUCCCUCACACAGAGCUCAAAAGUUGUUCCAAUUCCCCAAGAAUUCGAACACGAGAUUAGUUCCUAGCUCUCUCUGUUCGAGUUCUUUGGACCUUUGAUUCGUUGCGUCGUUUCCAUAACACUCACGAAAUCGUAGACUCUCCGCAAUGCUGCUAUCGUGACUUCUGUGAUUCUGUUUGAUGGCGAGAUCGUGGAGUUCAUAACAUGGGAACCUGGGAGAAAUAGAUUUGUACAGUAAAUUGGCUUUGAACUUGGCGACUCAGCAAUAGUCUGAAUUUCUGUAAAAUCUGCUUGUGUAAUUAUUUAUUGUGGAGUGUGGACAAAAUGGUUUUUGAAAUCAGUACUGUUGUUUCAAAAUUGCAAACGUUAUCCACCUCAGACCAUGCCUCCGUGGUCUCCAUGAACUUAUUUGUGGCACUUCUUUGUGGUUGUAUUGUCCUUGGCCAUCUUCUUGAGGAGAAUCGGUGGAUGAACGAGUCUAUCACUGCUCUUUUGAUUGGUGUUUGCACUGGCAUAGUCAUUUUGCUGUUUAGUGGUGGCAAAAGCUCGCAUAUUCUUGUUUUCAGUGAAGAUCUUUUCUUUAUAUACCUUCUGCCGCCUAUAAUAUUUAAUGCCGGGUUUCAGGUGAAAAAGAAGCAGUUUUUUGUUAACUUCAUGACCAUCAUGUUGUUUGGUGCUAUUGGCACAUUAAUAUCUUGUACCAUCAUAACUUUGGGUGCCACACAAAUUUUUAAGAGGUUGGAUGUUGGUCCACUGGAAUUAGGGGAUUUCCUAGCAAUUGGUGCAAUAUUUGCUGCAACGGAUUCUGUUUGCACAUUGCAGGUGCUAAAUCAGGAUGAGACACCUUUGCUGUACAGUCUUGUAUUUGGGGAGGGUGUUGUGAAUGAUGCUACAUCAGUGGUGCUUUUCAAUGCAAUCCAAAGCUUUGACCUCAACCAAAUCGACCCUUCAAUUGCUGGGCACUUUUUGGGAAAUUUCUUGUAUCUAUUUAUUGCAAGCACAAUGCUUGGAGUGUUGACAGGUCUACUUAGUGCUUACAUUAUUAAAAAGCUGUACAUUGGCAGGCACUCUACAGAUCGCGAGGUUGCUCUUAUGAUGUUAAUGGCAUACCUCUCCUACAUGCUUGCUGAAUUGUCCUAUCUGAGUGGCAUUCUCACUGUAUUCUUUUGUGGGAUUGUCAUGUCUCAUUAUACCUGGCAUAAUGUGACUGAGAGUUCAAGAAUCACUACCAAGCAUUCUUUUGCAACCUUGUCUUUUGUUGCUGAGAUCUUUAUCUUCCUUUAUGUUGGUAUGGAUGCCUUGGACAUUGAAAAAUGGAAAUUUGUCAGUGAUAGCCCUGGAACAUCUGUAGCAACUAGUUCAGUAUUGUUGGGUCUAAUUCUUCUUGGAAGAGCAGCUUUUGUUUUCCCCUUAUCCUUCCUAUCCAACUUGGCUAAAAAAUCACCAAAUGAGAAAAUCAGCUUCAGACAGCAAGUUAUCAUUUGGUGGGCUGGUCUUAUGAGAGGUGCUGUUUCAAUCGCACUUGCAUAUAAUCAGUUCACCAUGUCGGGGCACACUUCACUAAGAAGCAAUGCAAUCAUGAUCACAAGCACCAUCACUGUUGUGCUUUUCAGCACAGUGGUGUUUGGUCUGUUGACUAAGCCACUAAUAAGGCUUUUACUGCCCCAUACUCCACAUCAUAAAGAAUCAAGCAUCACGAUAACCACAGAUCCAUCUACUCCAAGUCCAAAAUCAGUCACUGUCCCACUUCUUGGGAGUGCCCAAGAAUCUGAAGUCGAUAUUGAUGGCCAUGAUAUUCAUCGUCCAAGCAGCAUCCGUGCUUUACUUUCCACUCCAACACACACUGUUCAUCGCUUGUGGCGUAAGUUUGAUGAUGCAUUCAUGCGUCCUGUUUUUGGUGGCAGGGGUUUUGUUCCUAUAGAACCUGGCUCACCAACUGAACGUAAUGGCCAUCAAUGGCGUUGAGAAAAAAGCCAAGAAAUAUGUAAUUUGUUUGUAAACUGCAUAAGUUUUGUGGAGUGAGCAAUGCGUGUAUAAGAAUCCUGUCCUGAGAUUUUGUUUAGCUCUUUGGGUAGUGAGAAGGCUGUGCAAUGCACCAUAAGCAUCUCAACUCAUCUCUACGUCUUCCGUAAAAUGUAAUAUUUGAUUAUUAGAUUUCUUGUACUAAAAGUUUGAAUAGCUAAAGCUAAAUUAUUUUUAUUUUUUUCAAGUUGUA